GUAAGUCCAUGAGGUGGGUUAGGGGAGGGUAUUGGGGUUGGCAGUCGAUGCCGCAGCAUCCUCGAGUCUUCUGUUUCUGCCUCUUCUUCUUCGUCUAUUUCUUCUCCUUCUCUUGUGUGCUUCUUCGGAGAGGGGCUGAUUGAGAGAUGUGGCUGUCACCCCUUCAUUUCCCCCUGUUUUGCUUGAUCUCUUCUUCCUCUUAUUGCUUCCUCCUCUGUUUCUCAUUCCACAUUUCACACUCGUCGGUGCUGUUGGCAGCUGACACCACUACUGUCACACACCACUGCCAGGUUUACUUAACUUCACUGCAGGGAAUUUUAUACUGUGUCACAAUUGCUAAAACCGAAAUUGGUUGAUCGUGGUGCCAGCUGCUGGUAGUUUAAUAGUGGGAGAAAUAUUUCAACCUCCUCGUGGUCGUCCAUCUGCUCUGACUCCAUUUUCGGAGGUUUCUCUAGGGUUUUGUUGCCUCUGUCACGAUUGAUAUUGUAUUGAAUACUUUGGUAAACGAUGCUGAUGAAGAUAAGUUCGAUUUCGUCGCCAUCAAACAGGGGUUUUGGUGAUUGAUCGAGCAAGCAACUACUCUUGAAAGACCUUGUGCGCCCUGUCCUCCUGGAUGGAAAAACAGAGAGAGUGAAGCUGCAACACAUUUCCUGCCAUUUUGAUCGCUUCAGAGAUGGAACAGGGGGCUCCUCCCUCCGCGUUAAUCGAAGGGGCCCUCUCUACCGCUACUAAUUUAGACCAAGCAGACCACAGUUUUGUCAACCAAUUUGGGCGGGACAGCUUCUCUGGAGGGAAAAGACAAUCAUCUUAUACAAAUUCUGGUUACUCAAACCGACAAGGUUUUGUGAGGGAUUCCCAGAUUGCGUUCACGUCGUUUAUAGAGAAGGGUGCCUUUCCUCACCAUGAAUUUCCUCGUGACACUGUGGUCAAGGACAGCGGGGGCACCACUUUUCCCGAGUCUGGUCCAGCCAUCAAGAGACAAAAGCGUCCGGAAUGGUGGCAGGAGUCUGAAGGGGUCGAAAGGACUCCGGAGCCUUUUAAACAUGUUCAUUCUGGUGUAAAUGCUAAUGCGACUCCUCCUACAGUGCCUGCAUUUGGGAGCCCCGUAAUUCCUUUCAGGGACACUCAGAGUCGAAUGGGUUCUAGUCUGGUUGGGAUCGAGGGCAAUUUAGUUGAAGGUGAACUUGGGGCUAGUAGUGGCGAAGGAGCAGGAGUUGGUGAGGAUGAGGAUGGAGGAGAUGGUGACGGAAAGGAAAGGUCGGACAAGGAAGGGUUUGCUAGGAAGAAAAGAGCAGAGAUGUGGCAGGAUGCUGAAAUGGACGCUCUCGUGAAAGCCUUCCGGGAGGUUAAUUUUAAGCUCGCAGCAGCUGGAAAGAAAGGAAAACAGGUGUUUAAGUCAGCCAAUGAUAAGUGGAAGGAGGUUAGAACGCUUCUUCUGGGCGCUGGAGUGGAUAGACAACCUAAAGAAAUCGAACGUAAAUGGUCGAAUCUCUCUACCGCAUUUAAGCAGAUUGCUGAUUGGAAUAAAAAGGUGGGGCGUCCUAGUUACUGGGAAUUAGAUGAGGUUCUGAAAAAAGAGAAGACCAAAGCAAAGGAGCUGCCGGCUACAUUUAGGGUGCAGCUUUUCGAAGCUAUGACUGAGAUUAUGGGUGAUCGCCAGGGUUCUCGUAGCCGAUCACCUGCACAAGGGACCCCUGGGCACGUACCUGUACCUGGGCUUCCUCGCCCACCCUCUGCUCCAGUUGAGAUGCCACUGCCUAUGGAGAAGCUCGUUGUUCAUGCCAAUCUCUUAGAUGGUGGAAAUCACAAAAAGUCGCGCGUUGUUCUACUAGCCCCAGGCAGCUUUAAUCCACCAACAUAUAUGCAUCUUCGCAUGUUCGAGUUGGGAAGGGAUGCUCUCAGAGCAGAGGGUUAUCAAGUAUUGGGAGGGUACAUGUCUCCUGUUAAUGACCAAUACCACAAGAAGGGUCUUGCUCCCGCAGAGCACCGUAUUAGGAUGUGCCAGUUAGCAGUUGCUGAUUCACCUAUUAUAAUGGUAGACCCCUGGGAGGCUAAACAGAGUUCCUCCCAGAGAACGAUCACUGUGCUAGCACGGAUUGAAACGGCGAUUAAUUCCAAUAACUUAGUCUCUGAUGAAAAAGCAAGAGUCAUGCUGCUUUGUGGAACUGACCUGCUUGAGUCCCUUAUAACUCCAGGCGUGUGGAUACCAGAUCAGGUGCGAGCUCUAUUACAAGAUUAUGGAAUUGUGUGCAUAAAUCAAAGUGGGAAGGAUGCACGUCGCCUUGUGUUUGAAGACGACGUGUUGUAUAGUAACCGAAGACAGAUUCUGGUUGUGGAUGAGAACAUUAAGAACAGUAUAAGUGCGACAGCAAUCAGGCGAAAUUUGGCAAGGGGAUUAUCGGUGAGGUAUUUGACCCCCGAUCCAGUGAUCAGUCAUAUCAAGAUGCACAGUCUGUACAUGAAUGUUCAUACCCCUCAGCAAUUCUAAACUGGUUACAAAGUUUAUUGCCCAUGGAGCUCCCCCUUUGUGUCGAGGGUUAUCAUCACUGUUGUGGUGUGCUUAAUGGAUUGUGCUAUUAACUAGGUGGUCUUGUUGAGAGCUGUGUGCAUUGGUGGACCUUUGAGUUAAUGUUACAAUCCUGCCCUGGAAUGAGUCUUUUCUGUUGGCACAUGGAUUUGUAAAGUUCGUUUUGGGAUUUUAGUGAAGUUUACAUUUCAAUAAAUAUUGUUGUGAAUCCAA